AUGCGCUCCGAGCAAAUUAUCGACGAUGUCGAUGGUCGCUCAAGAAGUGAAAUAAAUACAGAAGAAGAAACUGAUGAUGAAGAAGAAGCAUCACAAUCACCAACAACACAUAAGAAAACUGAUAAAAAACGAAAAAUAACUCAUAGUGAAAUCGAACGUCGUCGUCGAGAAAAAAUGAAUCGUUAUAUAGAUGAAAUAGCUCAAUUACUUCCAAUAGAUGCUGCUAAAAAACUUGAUAAAUUAACUGUUUUACGAGUUGCUGUUGAUACAAUAAAAUAUCUAAAAGGUGCAUCUUCAAAAGUUUUAUCAAGUGGUUUUGGAAAACAGAUAUAUUUAAAUGAUCAAGAAUUACUAGAAUUAACAUUAGCUACAAUUGAUCAAAUGGGUUCAUAUUUUUUUCUUAUUAUUGAAUGUCAAAAAGGUCGAAUAUGUUAUGCAUCACAUUCAACUGAAACAUUAUUUGGAUAUAAACCAGCAGAAUUAUGUUCUCAAUCUAUAUACGAUAUUACCAUUGCAGAUGAUGUUGAAAUAAUCAAACAACAUUUAGUAAAUGAAACUAAAACAUCAACAUCAUCAACAUCAUCAACUAACAAUGAUGAUUUAUCAAAUGAUUCAAAACCUGUUUCAUUGAUAACAACAAAACAAAAUUGGUUCGAAACAGGCAAUCGACGAGCAUUCUCAUGUCGUAUUAAGUCAAAACUAAAACGAUCAAAUAAAAAACCAACAACAACAACAACAACAACAAAUUCAUCUAAUGAUUAUGUUACAGUUGAUUUUAUUGGUUAUAUAAAGCAAUAUUCUCUUAUUGAUGACAAUCCAAAUGAUGCCAAACCACGAACUAGUCGUCGACAUUCCAAUCCAAAUAUAUUAACACCAUCAGAUGUUUACAAUGCUAUUGGAACUAAUCCUGUAUCAUGUCUUAUAACAAUGGGACAUGUACCAAAAUAUAUUGAAGAAACAAGUCAAACUCAUGAAACUAUUCAUACAAUUGAUCGAAUAUUUUCAUGCAAAUUAAAUUCUGAUGGACAAUUUACUUAUUUUGAUAAAAUAUGUUAUUCUCUAUUGGGUUAUACAUCACAAGAUCUUCUUGGUACAAAUUUCAUUGAUUUCAUACAUGAAGAUGAUCGAAGUAAAUUAAGUGAAAUAUGGAAUCGAGUUUGUCGUGAUCGUCAAAUAGCAACAAGUGGUUAUUAUCGUUUUCGUACAAGGAAUAAUAUAUAUAUUAUUUUACAAACAGUAUUUGAACCAUUUAUUAAUCCAUGGAAUGAUGAAGUUGAGAUAGUCGUUGCAAGAAAUAAACUUAAAACUAAAUCUACUCGGUCACAUACAUCUACGAGUUCUAAAAAUGACAAUCCAAAAAAUUCUGAUGUUAAUUUACCAUCUACAUUAGUGCCAACAGAAUUUCUACGUCAACUACUUCCAUGA